UAAUUUUAGAUUGAAUUUAUGUAAAUUUUACUGUUCCUUCCUUCUGAAUUCCAAUCCUGUUAGAAAAAUUCCCGAGAUAUAUUCUUAAAUGCAGUGCAUUUCUGUGCAGACAGCAAGUCAAUAAUCAUUUUGAAUAUGCAAACUUAAUAUGUAUCCCCCCUCCCCCAUUUUUGAUUCUGCAUGGGGACCCGGGAGUGUGGAGAUGACUGUGAGCUAUUCCUUAAUUUCUUUACUAUACCAGACAAAUGCAACGAUCUCUGAUGCUAAAAAGGUUAUUUUGAGCGCCUGCUAUCAGUUUCCUAUUCACACAGCAACUGGUGGCAACUAAAAAUACCCAGCUUUUACCACCAGCGAAGAAUCCGGUCACAUUUGGCUCACAAUCUGCAGAAACAAGCUUUAAGAUCCCUUCUUCUUGUGACUUCGCUUCAGCCCACUCAUCAAGCUUAGUUUGCUGCCAUUUGGAAGCUAUUGAAAAGCCAUUAACCGGCAGGACGGUGGGCGCCGCAGUGCAGCAGCACACCUCAACGCUCGAACAAUGUGGCUGCGAGUGCACACCAAUUAAAUCUUACUAUUCCUGGGGAUGUGGGAUUAGGAGCUCUGUCAAUCAGCGAUGCUACAAUAGCACGUGCAGCAGCCAUGGUUCAAGGCACAUAGAGAGAUUUCUCUAACUCCAGCUGCUGCAUGAGAAUGAGUUUGAAGCUUUUUUCUUUCUUUUUUAUACAUUUUUUGCAAGAUCAUGGAAUAGGAGCUCCGUUCAAUAAUGCAUCCUGAGGUAAACUGGUUACCUGAGGAAGGGCUCUAAAUUAUGCAGUUUGUGGGGACGACUAUUGUAGCAGAAGAGAAUGCUGGAACAUGUAACAAGACUACUGUCUGAAAUGGAAACAUGUCUCACUAUCAUUUUAUCAAGUGCUGUUGCUUCCAGCUAUGUAAUGUUUUCCGAUCCCAUGAAAUGGAAAUUGACCAGUGCUUGCUGGAGUCCCUACCAUUAGGCCAGCGACAGAGGCUGGUGAAACGUAUGCGCUGUGAUCAGAUAAAAGCUUACUAUGAACGAGAAAAAGCCUAUCAGAAACAGGAAGGAUCUGUGAAGAAGCUGAAACAUGGGAAGAAUCAUAAAGUCCAUUUCAAUCUUGUUGACAUGAUACAGGAUGCAAUCAUCCAUCACAAUGAUAAAGAAGUACUCCACCUACUGAAGGAUGGUGCUGACCCUCAUACAACUCUUUCAUCAGGAGGAUCCUUACUCCACCUGUGUGCUCGCUAUGAUAAUGCCUUCACUGCAGAAAUUCUCAUUGAACAAGGAGUGAAUGUAAAUCAUCAGGAUGAGGACUUUUGGACACCAAUGCACAUUGCCUGUGCAUGUGAUCACCCUGAUAUUGUUCUGCUACUGCUUUUAGCUGGAGCCAAUGUCCUAUUGCAGGAUGUCAAUGGGAAUAUACCACUAGAUUAUGCUGUGGAAGGGACAGAGUCAAGCUGUAUCCUUUUGACCUACCUAGAUGAAAAUGGGGUGGAUCUGACUUCACUUCGGCAGAUAAAACUUCAGAGACCAAUGAGUAUGUUGAAUGAUAUAAAACAACUCUUAUCAUCAGGAGGAAAUGUAAAUGAGAAAAAUGAUGAAGGUGUUACCCUUUUACAUAUGGCUUGUGCAAGUGGCUACAAGGACGUGGCUUCACUCAUCCUUGACCAUGGUGCAGAUCUCAAUGUGGUGGAUAAUCAGUACUGGACACCUCUCCAUUUAGCAGCAAAAUAUGGCCAGACAAACCUUGUGAAACUUCUAUUGAUGUAUCAGGCCAACCCAAAUCUUCUUAAUUUUAAUGAAGAAAAACCUUCAGAUAUUGCAGCUUCUGAGUUUAUUAAAGAAAUGUUACUAAAAGCAGAAACUGUCUGGGAGUUAAAAAUGAAAGAACCCUUAUCUGUUUCUUCCUUAUCUCAAGAGGAGCCAUAUGAAGAGAUCAUCCAUGAUCUACCAGCAAUUUCCAAUAAACUCAGUCCACUGGUGUUACCAAUUGCUAAACAAGACAGUUUAUUAGAAAAAGAUACCAUGUUCAAAGAUGUCACAAAAGGCAUAAGUAAGCAGCAGUCUCAAGACAACACUCCUGAAAGCAUUACAGCAAAUGUACCAGCCAAGCUUGAGCAGGUCAAGCUGAUGCCUCCAGCUCCCAAUGAUGACCUAGCAACAUUGAGUGAACUGAAUGAUGGCAGUCUUCUUUAUGAAAUCCAGAAGCGCUUUGGCAACAAUCAAAUAUACACUUAUAUUGGGAACAUACUUCUGCUUGUUAAUCCAUUCAAAGAACUUCCAAUUUAUUCAAGUAUGGUUAUGCAGCUUUACUUGAGCAAUACUGGAAGAUUGUGUUCCUCUUUGCCCCCACAUAUUUUUUCAUGUGCUGAGAGAGCUUAUCACAUGCUUUUCCAGGAGCAGAGACCUCAAUGCUUCAUCCUCAGUGGUGAAAGUGGUUCAGGAAAAUCUGAAGCCAGCAAACAGAUAGUAAGACAUCUAGCAUGUCGAUCCAGCUCCAGCAAGUGUUUAUUUGACUACAAAAUAAAAAAUGUCAACUGUAUUUUAGAAGCUUUUGGACAUGCUAAGACAACACUUAAUGACUUAUCCAGUUGUUUUAUAAAAUAUUUUGAACUGCAGUUCUGUGAGAAGAAAAAAUCUUUAACAGGAGCCAGGAUUUAUACUUAUAUGCUAGAGAAGACCCGACUUGUUUCUCAACCUCUCAGCCAGAGCAAUUUUCUUAUUUUUUACUUGUUGAUGGAUGGGUUAACUGCUGAAGAAAAAUAUGCUCUUCGCCUUAAUAACAUAUCUGCACACAGGUAUCUGAAUCGGUCCAUACUGGAAGACACAUGCAUAGCAACAAACACUGUUAACAGAGAGAAAAUGGCUACUCUGAAACAAGCUUUGAUUGCUGUUGGAUUUAGUAAUUUGGAGGUGGAGAAUCUGUUUGUGAUUAUAGCAGCAGUUUUACAUAUUGGAGACAUUCGGUUUACUGCUUUGACAGACGCUGACACAGCAUUCGUGUCUGACCUUCAGCUGCUGGAACAAGUGGCUGCAAUGCUCCAGAUAUCACCAGAUGAAUUAGUGUCUGCCUUAACAACUGAUAUUCAGUAUUUCAAAGGGGAUACAAUAACAAGAAGACAUACUGUAGAAAUUGCUGAAUUUUAUCGUGACCUCUUGGCUAAGUCAAUAUAUAGUCGCUUGUUUAACUUUUUAGUAAAUACCAUGAACUGCUACCUCCACAGUCAAGAUGAGCACAACAGUGUACAGACAUUGGAAAUUGGAAUACUGGACAUCUUUGGUUUUGAAGAAUUUCAGAAGAAUGAAUUUGAACAACUCUGUGUCAACAUGACCAAUGAGAAGAUACACCAGUAUAUCAAUGAAGUGCUUUUUCUACAAGUGCAAACAGAAUGUGUACAAGAAGGAGUUACCAUGGAAACAACAUAUUCUCCUAGUAUCCAGAUGGCAGCUUUGGAUUUUUUUUUCCAGAAACCAUCUGGAUUUCUCUCUUUGUUGGAUGAAGAGAGCCAAGUACUUGGAUCACUGGAAUCUAAUCUCCCCAAACGGCUGCAGUCUCUCUUGGAAUCUUCCAAUUCCAAUGCAGUAUAUUCUGCCAUUAAGGAUGGGAAUGGAAAUGUGGCACUCAAAGAUCAUUGUACCACCUUCACUAUUAUGCACUAUGCAGGACGGGUAACUUAUGAAGCUGUUGGAGCAAUUGAAAAAAAUAAAGACUCCCUUUCACAAAAUCUUCUAUUUGUAAUGAAAACAAGUGAAAAUAUAGUGAUCAAUCAGUUGUUCCAAUCCAAACUGACACAAACAGGAUCCCUCAUAUUUCCCUAUCCUUCCUUCAAAGUUCGAUGGUCCAGAUCUAACAUGCUCAGUAAAAAUAUACCAGCUGCCUCAGAAACCAGUGAAACAAAGAAAUACCUGGAACUCAGCAAGUUAUUUAAAAAGAAAGGAACUUCCACAUUUCUGCAGAAACUAGAAAGGGGAGGUCCAGUCACAGUGGCUUCACAACUCAGGAAAUCCCUUAUGGAUAUCAUUGGGAAGCUUCAGAAGGGCACACCACAUUUUAUUCAUUGCAUCAAACCCAAUAACUCUAAGCUGCCAGAUACUUUUGAUAAUUUUUAUGUGUCUGCUCAGCUACAAUAUAUUGGGGUUUUAGAGAUGGUGAAGAUCAUUCGGUAUGGAUAUCCUGUCCGCCUCUCCUUCAAUGAAUUCUUGUCAAGGUAUAAGGCCUUGGCUGAUACAUUGCUGGGAGAGAAGAAGCUGUCGGCUGAAGAGAAAUGUCAUUUUGUGCUUCAACAGUGUAAAUUACAAGGCUGGCAGACAGGAGUCCGAAAAGUGUUUCUAAAAUACUGGCAAGCUGACCAACUCAAUGAUUUGUGCCUUCAGCUCCAGAAGAAAAUUAUAACCUGUCAAAAAGUUGUAAGAGGAUUUCUUGCACGCCAGUAUUUGCUACAGAAGAUGAGCAUCAGACAACAAGAAGUCACUUCAGUCAAGAGUUUCCUCCAGAACACAGAAGACAUGGGCCUGAAAACAUAUGAUGCAUUGGUCAUUCAGAAUGCUUCAGAUAUAGCUCGAGAAAAUGACCGGCUCCGUAAUGAAAUGAGUAUACCUUACCAUAGAGAAAAGUUAGAGGUCAGGAACAAGCAAGAAGAAAGCAACAAAAGAGCUGCAGACAAAGGUGGAAAGGUCUCUGAAGACAACUUUGCAGUCAGUCGGGCACCCAAGCAUUUUCAUUCCAGCUCAGUUCCAGUCCCUAUGGCAGUGGAUGGCUUAGUACAAUCUCUGGCUGGAUCAUCCAUCAGAUCUCCCUCCCUGCACUCUGUGUUCAGUAUGGAUGACAGCAGUGGCCUGCCAUCACCACGGAAACAGCCCCCUCCCAAACCAAAGAGAGACCCCAACACACGACUGAGUGCUUCCUAUGAAGCUGUUAGUGCCUGCUUGUCAGCAGCUGCUAAGGAAACAGCUAAUGAAGUGUUGACCCGGCCUAGACCACAUAGCGAUGAUUAUAGCACAAUGAAAAAGAUUCCUCCCCGAAAGCCCAAGAGAAGCCCCAACACAAAGCUUAGUGGCUCAUAUGAGGAGAUACCAGCACAAAAGCCUGGAGAAGCAAAAUACUUAAGUGUUGUAAAUAAAGUAGGCCACCAGGACAUGAUGACAAUGCAGAGACCUUCUUCUUCAGAUGGGCCACAUCAGGGAAUCCUCAAUUUGUAUUUGUCUCAAGAGGAAGAAGAGGAGAGCGAACCAGUGUACAUAGAAAUGGUAGGGAACAUAAUAAAGAACAUUUCCAUAGAGACAGACAGCCCAGAUCAAGGAGAAUCUGUUUAUGAAGAAAUGAAAUAUUUUUUGCCAGAAGAAAGCAGCACAAAUACUUUGGGAAUGGUUCCACUAGUAACUGGAUCCCCACCACUGUUUUUUGAUUGCCGCAAACCUCUAGCUGUUGAUGAUGUUGACAUAAACAGUCAAACCAUAGGGACCUUUAGAGAUACUUGUGACAUUCCACCACCUUUUCCAAAUCUACUUCCUCACAGACCUCCACUUCUGGUCUUUCCUCCAACCCCAGUGACCUGCUCUCCAGCAUCUGAUGAGUCACCUUUAACACCUUUGGAGGUCAAAAAGCUUCCUGUUCUAGAAACUAAUUUGAAAUACCCUGUGCAGUCAGAUGGAUCAAGUCCGUUGUCUCCACAGUACUCCAAAAAUCAGAAAGGGGAAAAUGACAGACCAUCAUCCCCUGGUCUGAUGGUAUUUAAUGUUUCAAACAAAGUUUCUCCUCCUUCAACUCCACCUCCUCCUCCCCUCCCACCUCCUCCGGUGCCUCCACCUGCUGCUUUUCGACCUUCCACACAUUUUACUUUCCCCCCAGAAACUCAUGCUCCAUUUUUUGCUAAUGCUGGGAAAGCAGUGACGAAUUCAGAGUUGCCCAAAGUACCUCAGAAACCAAAUUCCACUCAUGGUGCAGUCUCUUCCAGCUCGUUUUCUCAGUUGCCCUAUUCCCCUGGAAAGGUGGCAAUAGUUGAGCACAGAAAACCCAAUUCUGGUUCAUCUUCUCCACUACCAUACAGCCCUCCAAAUUCAAGACCAUUAACCAGUCCUCUAGAUGAGUUAACAAGCCUGUUUAACUCAGGACGGAGUGUGCUUCGAAAGUCUGCAGCAGGAAGGAAAAUUAGAGAACCUGAAAGUUUUGAAACUAAUCUGAACUUAACCAGCAGAGAUGACCCUAACAUAUCAGAGAGUGGAACAGAAACCCAAGACAGAAAUGCAAACAACCAUGGAACUCAGUUUUGUAAUUCAAUGUCCAGUUCUAUAACUUCUGAAAAUGGAAAUUCACUCUCUAAUGGCUUACCAGAAGAAGACGGCAACUCAAAAUUGUCAGUGAGUGGUACAGCAAGCUCAUCGAUCCAGAGACAUAGGGAAAAUCAUACCAGUCAGGUAAUCCAUCAGCUAAGGCUUUCAGAGAAUGAGAGCUUGGCCCUUCAGGAACUCCUGGACUGGAGGCGAAAACUUUGUGAGGAAAGAGAUUGGCAACAAAAUCAACACCAUCCAGAACCUCGAGUCAGUGGACCACCUCCACCACCUUGUAAAAAGCCAGCUCUAUUGAAGAAGACAGAAGAGACUUCCUGCAAUAGAUUAUCUUCAGAGUUAUGGGACACUACAAUUUGAUGUGGAUUGGUUUGCAGACUCUAAAAAUCAAAACCACCUAGUGACUGGACACUAGCAGCAAGCAAUAACUUGCUGCUCCAUUCUCAUCUCCCAUCCCCUAAAAUGUGCUAGAUUCUCUCUCCAGGAAUUUAUCAUCAAAAAGCACAGGAAACUAAAGUUCAAUACUCAACUCAAUACAUAUAUAUGUGUGUGUGUGUGUGUGUGUGUGUGUGUGCAUCUAGUCUUUCUUUCUUUCCUUUCCUUUCCCUCUUUCCUUUUUCUUUUUCUUUUCUUUUUUUCUUUCUUUCUUUUUUCUUCCUCCCUCCCUCCUUCCCUCUCUUCUUUCUUCCUUCUUUUCUUUUUUCUUCUUUUCUUCCUUCCUUCCUUCCUUCCUUGCUUCCUUCCUUCCUUCCUUCCUUUUUUCCUUCCUUCCUUCUUUUCUUUCUUCCUUCCUUCCUUUUUUCUUUCUUUCUUCUUGCAAUUAACACUGAUCUUUCUAACUGGGUGUUUUGGGAGACUCAAGAACUAUAGACAUCCUUUCUAGAAUCCAGAAAUCUAUAAACAAGAAUGGGAGAUGGGGAAGGAAAUUAAUCAGUGAACGGAGAGGGAAGCAGAGUGGUAGAAUGGUGAUGGUAGAAUGAUAGGUGGGAUUGGUGUGCACACUGUAUAGUUGUUUUAUAGAAUUCAAUACUAUGUUUAUUGUACCUUGAAUGGUUUUAAUAUGAUGCCUAUAUAUAGUACAUGUAUUAUAUUUCUUUGUAGAUGUUUGUGUUUUAUUGGAAUUCCAAACCUCAGCAUUAUUAUUUACAUGUUUAUUACUGGAUUUUAUAAAUUUAUGUAAUUGGUGGUGCUGUUCUUUCUUCAAAAUACAGGUAAAAACACCAAAUCUAUUUGGAUUCUGUUUGUUCCAUAUGGUUUUUGCCUGAAGUAUUUAAGAAUCUCAACACUAUGUUGUUGUUUUAGCUUCACUAAUGCCAACCUUAAAUAUGGUGACACUUGCAAAAUUGGCUUCUGUGGAUAGUACCCAAUGCUUUCUAUUUCAUUCAUUAGUUAGGAGAUAUUGUUUCUUUUCUAUGCGCUGUGCUUUGGAAUAAGUCGAUUGUGAAUUCUUUUAAUUCAACUUCAUCUCAAGUUGACAGCAUAGGUUACAGAAAAUAAUGAGGUGCUCAGUUAAAUGUGUAUAACUUCAUUUUCAAACUGGUUAUGUAAAAGGUCAGAUAUCAGUACAAAGUUGCACCCAGUAACAGGUGCAGAAAGGACUGCUGAGAUUUUUCUCCUUUGAGCAAUAAGGCUUCCUGAAAGUACAAGGUAUCAUAAGAUGAAUAUGUCCUUAAAGAAGUAUGCUGCAUGAUUCACUUAAUGUAUAUCACCAGAGCUCAUGUAUUACAAUGGCCUUGAGUUAACAAAAUGUUCUGGUUGGCUGUUGUGAAAUUUUGUACAGUAGCAUUAAGAGCAAUAAUUUGCUACUUGGAACUUUGCAGCCAUACCAGACUUUGAAAUAUUACUGUGCCAAUAAAAGGGUGCAAGAAUUU